AUCGUUUUUUGUCUUCUGUUUGGUUCACAGCCUUCAAGAAGGCUUAAUCAUCGUGUAAGUUUUGAUAGAUCAAUAAUAUUAUUUGAUUUCUUUGAUAACCCUAAAACUGUAUCGAGUCAACGAGAAAACCACCGCUGUAUAAGUUUUGAAACCGUAGAUUGCUUUUCGAACCCCAUAUGUCUAGAGAAGUAAGCACAACCACUUAUAACGCCAAUGAGGGUUCCUUGACCAAUAUGCGAAUUUCAUCCGAUGAUGAAGAAUAUGAAGAAGUUGAUGACGGUGACAACGAUGAAGACUGCGGAGAAGAAGAAGAACAAGCUCUUGCGUUGUUAGGUUUUGUCAGUGACAUGCCGCCGAAGCAUGAAUGGUCGCUUCUUCGCGAUAGCAAAGCUGGAGGAACUCCUGCUUGGUUGAAUCCAAUCAACUUACCAUAUGGUAAAUCAUGUCUCUGUGACAUCUGUGGUCAACCUCUUCGGUUCAUGCUUCAGCUUUAUGUGCCUCUCGCUAAAAAGAAAUCAAUAUAUGAUAGAAUCUUAUAUGUAUUCAUGUGCACAUCAAUGUCAUGCUUUCUUCAAGACCAACAUGAACAACGGAAACACCACCCAGAAAAGGCCUCCAGGAGUAUUAAGGUCUUCCGUUGUCAACUUCCUUGCCACACUCAGUUUUACUCCAGUGAACCACCUAAAAACAAUGGCAGUGACAAGCCUUUAGCGGCAGCAGCUCCACUUUGUAGUUGGUGUGGUACAUGGAAAGGGGAUAAAGUUUGUAGCAACUGCAAAAGAGUACGUUACUGUUCCAAGGCGCACCAGGCCAUUCACUGGAGUUCAACUCAUAAAACACAGUGUAGAUCAGCACAGCUUAUGCUUCAGCCAUCUAAUUCUGGGUCCACCAACUCUUCAGAGGAUAUACAAACAGUUGCGAGCAGUGCUGCCUGGCCAGAAUAUGAGAUCAUCGAGGCGGAUGAAUCUGAGUCCGAAAACAUCAACGCAUAUGAAUAUGGAAAUGCAUUAGGUAGUGAUAAUGAGGAUGAAGGUGAUGCAAAGAGUUGGGCAUAUUUCACCCAAAGAAUAGCCCGGCACCCAGCACAAAUAUUAAGGUAUUGUAAUGAGACUUCUAAACCAUUAUGGCCCAUGUUAAGUGGGCGGCCAUCAAAAGCUGAUAUACCUAAAUGCAGUUCAUGUGGCAGUGAUCGGGCCUUUGAAUUUCAGAUUUUGCCACAGUUACUUUACUUCUUUAAAGUUGAAAAUGAUUACAACUCACUUGAUUGGGCAACCAUUGUUGUGUAUACAUGUGAAGCUUCUUGUGAUGGCAGUUUGUCAUAUGAAGAAGAAUUCUCUUGGGUUCAGCUUACAUCUCAAUCAAGAUAAACAGUACUCUUUUCUUAUAAAUAAGAUCAUAUUAUCUUAAUUGUGAUGUAUGCUUUCUUUCUUAUCUAAUACGAUAUGAUGAAUUUGACUCUCCCUUCGUUGUUAUUGUGGAAUUUCUAUUUUGAUUAGGGCUGAAAACGAAUUGAACCGUA